AUGGGCUAUCUUCAAAACCAAUUAUCAUCCAAGAAGUUGUGUCUGUCCGACUGCAUUGCUGGGGGCCACAGCUUACUACAUUAUGCAGUACGUCAUAAUAGGUCAGCUAUCGCUAUGAUGCUGAUUGACGAAGGCCUUGACGUCAAUGUGCAAAACGACCGCGGACAAACGCCUCUCCACGUAGCUGUACAGCAAGGCAAAGACUUCGACUGUGCUCGUUUACUUCUAAGGCAUGGCGCAGACGCUUUCCAACAAGACAACGAAGGACGAAGUGCAUUACACUAUUUCCACAACGAAGUGGUGCGACAGCUUCUACUCUACUAUGCCGAUGAUAUUGACCCCUGGAUGCAAGAUCGGAGCGGCAUGACUGUAUUGCAUUGGGCGUCAUGGAGUCGUAGCUCCUCCCAUCAGACUUUCAUCUGCUUCCCAACUAAAGCAGAGAUAUCAUCGUGCUACCGCUUGAAAGACAUGUACGGAAAGUCUAUGCUGCACUAUGCUGUACAAAGAGGCAAUGCAGACCUCAUCGCCUUCUUUCUUGCUAGUCCAGAUGCAGCAGACAUGUCAGUGCCAGACUUCUCUGGAAGAUCGUUGCUUCAUUUUGCUACGGAAAGUGGCCGACCGGACACGAUUAACAUGAUGCUGGAUAGAGGUAUCGAUAUCGAUACGGUCGAUGACCAGGGUCGCACGGUACUACAUCAUGCAGCUAUGCGCGGUAAUCUUGUCGCUGCUCAACGUCUCAUAGAGCUGGGUGCAACCCACCAGUUAAGCUGCAAAGACCAUAGCGAUCAAACCCCUGCGGAUAUAGCAUGCCAAUAUGAUUCAGAAGUAGUCCAGGAUUACUUCAAAACGCUUGGUCACUCGAGCGUUGAUGCCAGGGAACGAGACAACGGUUGUUUGCCUUCUGAGACACUUAGUUCGGGCAACAACGCUGACAGAAUGACAUGGGGGAUAGCUUUGCUAAUAUUUCUAGCACUCGCGACAAUAUACUGGAGUAAUCAGGCAAGUGCUCUACCUGGGGUAAGCGUGAUACAAGCGCGCAUACGAACUGAGAUAUCUGGAGAAUAG